AUGCGCAAUAUAAUCCCAAAUCGUCUGGUACUAUCAUAUAUCCUCGACUGGAUAGUCAUUAUCAUAAUCGCAGCAAUCGGCUAUACCUGGUCCAACCAAACCCCCAUCCACCGCCCUUUCUCCCUCACAGACCCCAGCAUCUCCUACCCCGAGACAAAACACGAAAAAGUCCCCUUCGGACUCGCCUUGACACUCGCCCUAAUCCUCCCGGCCGCUAUAAUCGCGCUUGUUAUCAUACUGCGCAUCCCUGGACAGACACUGCACAAGGAUACCCCGCGCUCUGUCCUCUGGAGAUAUAAACUAUGGGAGAUUAACGCUGGCUGGCUUGGGAUAGCGCUGGCGGUUGCUAGUGCGUAUGCGACUGCGAAGGGGUUGAAGCUUUUGUUUGGGAAGCCGCGGCCGGAUUUGUUGGCGCGGUGCGAUCCCGAUCUGGAGAAUGUUGCUGCGUAUGUGGUUGGUGGACUUGGGCGGGAGUUGCCUGGGGCUCCGGUCUUGGUGACUUCUGAGAUUUGUCGGAAAAGGUCGCAUGGGUUGACGAAGACGGGGUUUGUGAGUUUUCCGAGUGAUCAUGCGUCUUUGUCAUUUGCCGGAUCAACGUAUUUUAGUCUCUGGCUAUGCUCUAAACUCACCAUCGCCUUCCCAUACCUUCCCAUAUUUCCAUCCAGCCGCCGAAACUCGCACGACGAAGAACAAACAGACAACCCCGAGUCCCAUUCCCACAAGGAAUCAGCACUCUCCAUUCGCAAAGAAGGUGCCGCACCGCCCAUUUAUACGCUCAUUGCCCCGGUUAUACCGAUCGCAGUUGCUUUCUUUAUAGUCGCAUCUCGAUGGACCGAUCACAGGCAUCACGGAGUUGACCUUGUAUUCGGAUCUGCUAUCGGCGUAUUAUUCGCGUGGAUUGCGUUUCGGUUGUACAAUUUGCCUAUCCAGCGUGGCGGAGGCUGGUCAUGGGGAACUAGGAGUCGCAGGAAUGCAUUCUUCAAAAAGAUCGGAUUUCCAAGCCAUGUCGGAAAUGAAAAUUGGGCUGCUGAGCGUGCGGAAAGUGGUCAACUCGCAUUGGUUUGA